AUGCCGUUCGUCCAAGCAAACAGCCACCGUCUCCACUAUGCCGACUCCCACCCCGAUGGCCCUCCGACCCCAAACGGCCUGAACUUCAUCUUCGUCCACGGCCUGGGCUCCUCUCAGAACUACUACUACCCAGUAAUCCCAAAUCUUACAAAACGCCACCGCUGUAUCACAAUCGAUACAUACGGCUCCGCCCGCUCCCCGUACACCAAUGACCCAGUCACGCUUCCCGGCAUCGCAGAAGAUGUCGUCGGCGUGAUGGACGCACUGCAUGUCCAGAAGGCCGUCGUAGUCGGCCAUUCAAUGGGCGGGAUUGUAGCGACAGAGCUAGGCGCGCGGUGUCCGGACCGUAUACAGGGCGUUGUGGCCAUUGGACCGACGCACCCGACGGAUACGUUGGUGACGCUCAUGAACAAGAGAUCGGAGACCGUUCUUGAGUCUGGAAUCGAGCCAAUGGCAAAUACCAUCCCCUUUGGAGCUGUCGGCUCGCGCAGCACCCCGCUUCAAAGGGCUUUUAUCCGGGAGUUAAUCUUGGGACAGGACCCUAAGGGCUAUGCCGCGCUGUGCCGCGCUAUUGCUACCGCGGAGCCGGCAAACUAUGCUGCUGUCAAGGCGCCUUUCCUGCUUAUUGCAGGCGACGAGGACAAAUCUGCUUCCAUGGAAGGGUGCCAGCAUAUAUUUCAUCAUGUCUCGAGUGAGAAGAAGUGCCUCGACGUUCUGAAGGGAGUUGGGCAUUGGCAUUGUAUUGAGGCUGCUGAUGAGGUGGGUGGAUUAAUUGCUAAGUUCGCGGAUGUUGUGAACGCUCGGAAUCCUGAAAGAGUCUUUAUUUAG